CUAAGCGUGCCGUUCACCGACAGCAGCGGUUUCCCCGGACAGUGCGUCGUCCGACUUUUGGGCGCGAUUUUGCACCGAAGCAAUCUUCCUCAGCUUCCACAGGGUUGCCCUCACACACCCCUAUUCGAGGCCUCAUUGCUUCGCGGAUAUAACAAGUGUUUGUUUAGCAUUCUGUAACGCGGCUUUUUUUUUCCUUCGUUCGUUCAACUGCAAACCGAUUUCCAAAAUCCCGGUGAUUAGUAUCGAGCAAAAACACACGCGGCGGUGAAUGUGCGGUGUAUGGUGCGUAUGAUAAUAUUGACACAGUUUGGAUUAAACACCCCUGCCCAUUGAGAGCAGCCUCCCAGAGACAUGUGCGUGUGGUGAGCAGAUCCAUUCUUCUGGUUGAAGCAACGGAAAGGAACCGAACGGCAACAGGAAAAAAAGCGAUCUGUGUCAACACGUUCCCCGCUCGGUCAUUGAGCCGCAAAUGGAGGAAAAAAAUUAAAACCCCACAACACAACUCAACUCAACACGCAGCGCUCCUCCCCAACACCCCCCUAGUUCGUCGAAGGUAGCCAUCGAAGCAAACAAUCCGCAACAAUUCGCCACAGGCCGAGUGUCCUUCUAUUUUGGCGACGAUUUCGGAUUGGAUUACACGGGCUCAAACGUCCCACCGAAUCGGAUCCGUUGUGUCCCCAGUGGCGCUCAUCGCUCACCCAGUGAUAAACAAUCUUCAACAACAGGAACGUCGGCUCCCGGUAAAAACAAGGACCACCAACUCGCCACAGCAACCACAACAACGUUCGGCCGUUCUGUGCUGCGAUACUUCCGCUGGCCGCACUCCGCUGCGGUAAUCUGUAACGCCGACCGCUCCCCAGCACACAGAAAAUGACAGAUCCGAAAGGUGGUGGUGGCGCGAACGACGUGGAAAUGAAUGCGUUGCCGCGCAAUCAGUCGGUGAACCGGUUCCAGGUUAACCUUGUCAAUCAUGACGACCCGACGGCCGCCCACGGUACCGGCAACGGGACGGCCGCCGCCGAACCGGUCACCGAGGACGACGUCUUCCCGGAGGAGAUGGUCAAGCGGCGCACCUCCCGGCUGCAGUCGCUCCGCAGCAGCUUCCGGACGGGCGGCGACCGGGAUCCGGAGCAGCCGCGCCAGCGCAAGCCCUCGACGCGCUUCAACGUCGAGGGUGGCGAAUCGGACUCGAACGACGACGAGGAGGACAAUCUGAUCGAUGAAAAUCGCUACGCAAGAAGCUUCCGACACUUCACACGGGAAGCCCUACCCCGGAUGGACAAUUAUCGCAACAUUCUGUCGUUCCAAGGCAACCAGAGGCCUACGCUGGAUGAGCUACACGAUGCAUCCAUCACAAAUAAGGAAACGAUGCGCCGAGGAACCGUGCACGAGCCGGCCGAGAUGGAUGGAGCAAUAAAGUUCGGCUGGAUAAAGGGCGUGCUGAUGCGCUGUCUGCUAAACAUCUGGGGCGUUAUGCUGUUCCUGCGGCUGAGCUGGGUCGUCGGCCAGGCGGGCAUCGUGCAGGGCGUGGUGCUGAUCGUCAUGACCACGGUGGUGACCACCAUCACGGCCCUCUCGAUGUCGGCCAUCAGUACGAACGGUGUGAUUAAAGGUGGCGGGACGUACUACAUGAUAUCGCGCUCGCUGGGGCCCGAAUUCGGUGGCUCGAUCGGGCUGAUUUUCUCGCUCGCGAAUGCGGUCGCCUGUGCCAUGUACGUGGUCGGGUUCUGCGAGUCGAUGAUCGAUCUGCUCGCCUCGUUUGGGCUGGCGAUAGUGGACGGGGCUGUGAACGAUGUGCGAAUCAUCGGUUGCAUUACGAUCGUGCUGCUGCUGUGCAUUGUGGUCGUGGGGAUGGAAUGGGAGGCGAAGGCACAGAUUGUGCUGCUCAUCAUUCUGCUCGUGGCCAUCGUGGACUUUUGCGUCGGAUCAGUGUGGGGACCGAAGUCGGAUUUGGAUGUGGCACGCGGAUUCGUUGGCUUCAACGCGUCGGUGAUGAUGGAGAACAUGAACUCCGCGUACCGGGUGGUGAAAGGCACGCAGCACGACUUCUUCUCCGUGUUUUCGAUCUUCUUCCCUGCUGCGACGGGAAUUCUGGCGGGAGCCAACAUCAGCGGAGAUCUGAAGGAUCCUUCGUCCUCCAUUCCGAAGGGCACGAUUCUGGCGAUUGUGCUGACGUCCGCUUCGUACAUCGGUAUGGCCAUCAUUGCUGGUGCGACGGUGCUGCGCGAUGCAACCGGCAAUCUGACCGAUGUGGUCAACGGAACCUGGGACUUUUCCAACUGUGAGGUGCAAAGCUGCAGCUACGGUCUACACAACUCCUUCCAGGUGAUGGAGCUAGUGUCCGUGUUUGGGCCGUUGAUCUAUGCCGGGUGUUUCGCCGCCACGCUUUCGUCCGCCCUGGCCAGUCUCGUUUCGGCUCCGAAAGUGUUCCAGGCGUUGUGCAAGGACAAACUGUACCCGAAGAUAAGCUGGUUCGGUAAGGGAUUCGGCAAAAACAAUGAACCGGUGCGCGGCUACAUCCUGACAUUCAUCAUCUCCGUGGCGGUAAUUCUGGUGGGCGAUCUGAACAUGAUUGCCCCGCUGAUAUCCAACUUCUUCCUGGCGGCCUACUGUUUGGUGAACUUCAGCACAUUCCAUGCCAGCUUGGCAAAGCCAGUCGGCUGGCGACCAACCUUCAAGUAUUACAACAUGUGGCUCAGUCUACUCGGUGCUAUUUUCUGCAUUGCGGUUAUGUUCCUGAUAUCCUGGCCAACGGCACUGAUUACAUUCGCGGCCGUGCUCUCACUGUACCUGAUCGUGUCGUACCGCAAGCCGGACGUAAACUGGGGCUCCACCACGCAGGCACAGACGUACAAGAACGCGCUGCUCUCGGUGCAGCAGCUGAACAAUGUCGAGGAGCACGUGAAGAACUAUCGGCCCCAGAUAUUGGUACUCGGCGGACAUCCAAGCGCGCGUCCGCUGCUGGUAAACUUCGCCUACCUGCUCACCAAGAAGCUGUCCCUGCUCGUCUGUGGCCACGUGACCAAAACGCACGUUUCGCAAAAGUAUCGCAACCAUCUGCAGAGAAAGGCCGGCGAAUGGUUCCGCCGGCACAAGGUGAAGGGCUUUUACUCGCUGAUCGACGAUAACGAUUUCGAGACGGGUGCGCGCGCCAUCAUGCAAGCGUCCGGCAUCGGGAAGCUGCGCCCGAACGUGCUGCUGAUGGGCUUCAAGAGCGACUGGGACCGGUGCGAAUCGGGCGAGCUGGAGCAGUACUUCAAUGUGGUGCACAAGGCGCUCGACAUGUACUUAUCGGUGGCGAUACUGCGCGUGGGCAAAGGGUUCGACUACUCCCAGGUGCUCGGUGAGGACACGGUGAAGUUUAUCUCGGAGUACCCGCGGACGCUGGUGGCGAACGACAGCACCAACGAUCUGCUGGGCCAUAACAAAGUGAGCUCCCUGCACGGUAGCUGCGAUUCGCUCAGCCGCAACGUCUCGCAAGACCAAACGAUAGACGUUAACGAGAAGAACUCGAAAAAUCUGAAGACAAGCAGCACCAGUGAUUUGAGCAAAACCAUUUCAGUCGCUCCCGAUCCGAUCGAUAUCAAUGCGAAGCUGAUAACCGAAACGGGCCAACGUUCACUGAAACGUGGCGAUCCCUCGCUCCUGUACCGUGGACCGGGUGGUUCCGAACUCCCGAAGGAGGUGCUUGACGAGCUGACACAGUUCACCUCGAAGAAGAAGACGGGCAUCAUCGACGUGUACUGGCUGUACGAUGACGGUGGCCUCACGCUACUGCUCCCGUACAUCAUCAGCACCCGGCGCAACUGGAGCUCGUGCAAGCUGCGCGUUUUUGCGCUCGCCAACCGCAAAACGGAGCUCGAGUUCGAGCAGCGCAAUAUGGCGAGCCUGCUGGCAAAGUUCCGCAUCGACUACUCCGAUCUGCAGCUCCUGCCGGACGUUACGAAGAAACCGAACCAGGAGAUGGCCGACUUCUUCAAGGCACUAAUUAAGGAGUUCACCGCGAAGGACGACACAUCGGACGCUAGCACAGCAGGAGCUUCGUGCAUCUCGAAGGCGGAACUGUUGGCGGUGCAGGACAAGACGAACCGGCACCUGAAUCUGCGCGAGUAUCUGCUGCAACACUCCAGCAAGUCGGACCUCGUCGUCAUGACGCUGCCGAUGCCCCGGAAGGGCGUCGUAUCCGCACCGCUCUACAUGGCGUGGCUGGAAGCGUUAAGCCGUGACCUUCCCCCUUUCCUGUUCGUCCGGGGCAAUCAGACGUCCGUGCUGACGUUCUACUCUUAGCGGGAAGGCGCUAACCAGAUGCGACGACCACAACAGCAACACCGGCAACUCAACCAUUUUUUUGCAUUUGUAUCGUGCCUCCUGCAUUUUGCGCUACCGUAACCGUCGUUGGUUGUAUGUUACGUUUUUUUAUUUUGUUUCGUAUCACUUUAACCUUCUCGGUUUGCUUUUUGUUUUGUAUGUUUAGAGCUCCCCUAUAUACUUUAGUGCUGCGUUCGUAGUCCCUUAGUUCGAUAGCUUAAAGUAUCUUUUAGUAGAUUUUGUUUUCCUUGUUUGUUGUUUUGGCAUUAAUUUAUUACUUUCCGACGCAAGGCGUCACUAUCUCUAGACUGGCAAACGGGCGAGCUCCCUGCAAAAAAAACAAGCACCGGAAAACGCAUUAGCAAAACUCCAUUUUAGUGUCAGUCCCAGGUGAAAAGUUUCCCCCUCCCCCAGCUUCGGAAGCCUGUAAACCGUUAUUGGAGAAGCGCGGUUCCGCCGCUAAUGGAUUACACAAAAUCGGGGUGACCUUCGGGUUGUGCAGUGAAAAGUCUUCUUCCGGGUGGUACCGCUUAAGGUUUCGAGUUUCCGGUUUCAACGUUUGCUUUUUUUUAUUACAUUUCUAUUUCCCGCUCCUGACGGGAGUACUGACUGACCAUUGGCAGCUGUUUUUAUUCUCCGUAGCAAGCAAGCAAAAUGGAGGCAACAAAACCUCAACCCAUCCGGGAUGAGCGCAGAAAGGAUGAGAUCUGGUUGCGCUCGGGAUGUUCGCCCCGGUGACAAUGCCGCUCAGCAAGGCAAGAAUGUAACCGAUAUUCGCUUUUUACUCUACCCCGGGGGGGGGGGGGGGGGGGGGGGGGUUGUUUUCCCCGGGAGUCGCGCAUGGACAUCAGGUCAUCAGGUUGUCACGUCCGGGCGGCAGCAAUCCGUUGUGGGUUUGGAUGUUUUGAUUGUGAGAUUGUAUUUUCAUGUUGCUCCUUGUGCUCGUCCCCUUUGCUCUCUAUCUUUGGACCGUUUCCCUAAUCCAAUUGCCCAUCCACAAACCGAGUGUGUGUGUUUGUUUGUUGCGAGCUGCCAUUUUCUUUUCUUGCCCUAUUUUUUGUUGUUGCACAGCACACGGAAUUCCUGCUGCUGUUGCUGCUGCUGUUCGUGGAAGAAUGUUGAAAAGUGAAAAAUGCAUCUUUUAUUACAUCGCAUGCAUUGCGAGAGGUCGUGCAGUUCCGCCGCCCCCGGGGGGAGAAGCAUUUGCUGGACGAAUUGUAGCGCAAGUAGUAGUCAGGAACAAAAUUCAAAAACUCCCCACUUCCUAGUUACACUUUGUGACCUUUGUGUGGGGACGGGAUGUGUCAGGAACAAACAGAAACAGGCACACCACUGCCCCGCACACACACACACACACCCACAUUCCAUACCGAUAAACACACUCCAGGGUCCCGGUAACUGUCCACCGUACAGGGCCGGGAGAAAGAUAUUUAAGUAUUAAUUUUGUGCAUCCGUAUGCGCGACCCUUCCAGUGUUAGGCGGGCUUCCGGCACCGGGCAAGAACUCUGACACGAGAUAGCCCCACGGACGUGCCGGAUGAGGUUGUGUUGCUUAUAGUAUUAUUUCAUUUACGAGUUAGGAUUAGGCAGACAGUGCGGUGCAGCAGUGCACAAACGGUCGGCGAAACGGUCAGCGACGGCACGAUGACCGGCUUAAGGUAGAUUAACUAAAAAGGAGUGCCUUUCUUCCAUCUCUCUCUCUCAGUCUAGUGGUGAGGAACAGUUUGGAAUCAACUUUGAAAAAAAAGAGUUUAGUAUUGUUUUAAAGUGUAACUAUCUAUAAAACAGUUUGUCAGUUACAAUAAAACUCCCCGAUUUCAGUAAGUGGAUAAUCAUUCUAAGAAGCAAAACUAGCUUACCGGAAGCAAUUGAA